AUGGAGUUUGUAACGGGAUACCGCGACGCCCUGGUGGAUUUUACCGACUCUAUGUUCCGCUGGUACCGAGCUUACCUGGUGGAGGCUGCCGGACUGGGAGCCGCGGUGGGUCUGGCCGGGAGAGAGGACCGCUGCGCCGGUCUCCCGGUUGACGCCGCCAGCCCGCGUUGGAUUCUGCACGUCCUCAGCGGCUCGGUCAGCGGGCACGCACAGCCGCUGGACGAGCGCUUAUUGAGGGACAGCGAGGCUCUGCUGAGCGCCCAGGAGCUGCGGAGCUACGUUUCCACGGGCAACCAGCACGGAGCGCAGUACCCUCAGCCGCGGCUCCUGUUUGUGACCGACGAGCGCGGCGCUCUCCUGGGGUUUGAGUUCGGGGAGCCGGCGGGCGCUCUGCCGGAGAUUAUCGCGGGGCUGCUGUGCCGCUGCAUGGAGACCCCGCUGAGCGGCGGGGAGCCCCGAAGACCAGAGAGCAUGGCAGUGGGGGACGCGCAAGUGCACCGUCUCCUGCAGGAGGGCUCCUGUCUGUCGCGUCUGGGGGUGGUUCUGUCCACACCGUGCCUCCGGGGCUGGGGUCCCACAGAAGGCUUCACCCUGAGCUCCGCGCACCUCCGAGCGUGUCACGUGUGUAAGAAACGUGGCUUCGAGGCCACGCUAACACUCUGUGAUGACAGUGGACAUGGGGAAACUUAUCCCAUCUCUCUCUUCCUCUCUCUGUCUCGCUCUCCCUCUCUCCUCUCCCUCUUUCACCCUCUUCUCUCUCUCUCUACCUCUGCCUCCCCCUCUCUCUCUCCCUCUCUGUCUCGUGCUCCCUUUUUCACCCCCCUUAUCUCUCUCUCUCUACCUCUGCCUCCACCCUGCUGUCCUCCUCUCCCUCUCUCUGUCUCCCCCUUCCCUCCGUACAGUGUCAAGUGCCGGGCUGUGUUUUAUUGCUCUGAAAAAUGCCAGAAAAUCGACUGGGUAAAGACCCCUGAUGACGUCAGUCACCAAAACUGGUGCUCCAAGCUGCAGGGCUACAUGACCCGCGAGAAGCUGCUGGCAAACUUACCCUUCACCUUCACACAAGAAGUGACCUCUGACACCUUCGACCAGGAGCGCUUCCUGUCCUCCAGAGCACUGAAUUGUGGGUACUGGGCGAAGCAAAGCAUGCUGGUCCAAGCCUUCAACUAUGAGCUGCUGCCUUUUUGGGAUCCCAGCACUGAGUGCACCCCCGUCUGUUUCCGAGGAAGGAUGAACCCUUAUGCCCCCCUGAAGAAGGAAGGAAGGAUCCUGAUGCAGACUGUCCCAGUCGCGGGUCCCAGUGUCAAAGCACCCCUGACCUCGUGGAGUGAUUAUUACGCGUGGCGCGGGUUUGAUCUCGACUCUCCCGUGGCGGCUCUGCUCUCCUGCCCGCUGACCAUCUAUUACAUCAUCACCUCCCUCGCCCCGCACCACUUCCCUGAGCUCAAUAUCCUGACUAAGCAGUCCCUGAAGAUCCACAUCAUAGAAGGAGCAAAGGAGUUCGACAUGCUUCUGGUGUUCUGGGAGCUGUCCGUCCUGCUGCCACACGUGGCCUUUGAGAUCCAAUUCGUGGGGGAGGCACUGCCGAAAGAAGCCGACGAACAGCAGGCGGUCCUGCAGAGGAAGGAUGGUCACGUGACUCUGGUGCACCCCAACUUCGUCUCCGAGGAGAAAACGGACAAGAGGAUCGUCCGGGUCAAAGGUUACUCCCGGCCCUAUCACAUGCUGCAGGGACCCAAGCCUGACCUUGUGAUUGGGUUUAACUGUGGCUUUGGACUCAGUGACACCUGGAUCAGCUCCCUACCCAGACUGCAGUCCCUGAGGGUCCCGGCCUAUUUCUCGGAGUGCAGCGAGUACAGCUGUGCCGUGAGCCAGCAGAGCAUGAGCACAGCGACCGGGGGAUCUGUCAGCGAGGCCAGGGUUAACCCCUUCCGCUCCCCGCUGCGCGUCGCCGGGGGCGACAACAACAUGCCAUGGUACUCCAACGGUUUCCUCUUCCACCUGAUUUAUAAAGUCGCCCAGAACAGCAAACGUGAGCAGCAGCAAGCACAGAACCUACAGCACCCCCACCUGGUCAACCCCCACCAUUACACCCAGCCACAGCACGGCAACCGUACCACCGCCGCCAGCAAUCCCAGCGGCCCCGCGGGCACGCCCCCCGACAGCGGCAAGCGGACGCGCAAGGAGAAGAAACAGGCACGCAACGCGGGGCGCCGGAGGAAGCAGUGA